AUGCCAAAUAAUUUCGAAUCUACUCCAUUACAUGAUAAAUCUUGUAAUAUUUUAUUUAAUAAAUUAAAAUUUGGUCUGGCUUAUAUAAUCUUACAAAAUAAACCUAUUGAAAAUUCUAUUGAAGAAUUUAUAAAUUACAAGUAUCAAGAAGAUUACAAAGAUCACAAAAUCAAAGAAGUCACCACCAUCAACAGUCAUGAUGUCAAAUUACGUAAAAGGAUUUUAGAAUUGGAAAAUGACUAUGAAAAUUUAAAGCAAAAGCUAUGUUUAAUGGAAUUAGAACUGAAUUCUAUAAAGAAAAGCAUUAAUUCAAGUAAAAGAAGGAAAUCAACAAUAAUAGAAACAAGAGGCGAUCAAAUGAACUCUAUUAUUAACAUUAAUGAUUUUUCAAAUAAAAGCGCAACAACUAUUAAUACAGUAGAUACUGCAAUAGAAGAAAUUUCUGAGAUGGUUGAUAAAGAAACUUCUGAUAGAUAUUUGUAUUUAGUAGAAAAGCAAAAACUUGAGACAGAUCCAUUGAUCACCUAUUGUCCUCAAAAAUUAUGUCAGGCUCCUGUUAGAAAAGCUCUAUGA